AUGUUUGAAAGAGCCAAGAACUCCGUACGAACGUUCACUUGGAAGCUCCCUAAGCAGAAGAGUACACUAGCGCCUGACUAUGUUUGGAGUAACUCAGAUCCCGUGGAACCAAGUCGAAGAACUUGGACCGGCUAUACGUUUGUCCUGUAUUGGUUUUCUGACCUUGUCACCUAUUCAACAUGGGCAAAUGGGGCUGCUGUCGUAGCUCUAGGGUUGUCACCGAGUGAUGCCAUCUGGAUCGUUUUCGUCGCGGCCAUGUGCAAUGCCAUUCCCACGGUAAUGAACGGUGCUAUAGGAGCAGAUCUGCACAUUCCCUUCCCUAUUGCGGUCAGGGCUAGCUACGGAUACUGGUUGGCCUACUUCUGCGUUGUGUCGAGAGGCAUCCUCGCACUUUUUUGGUUCGGAGUACAGAGUUCUGGUGGUGCUACCGCUAUCACCCAGAUGAUCACAGCGAUAUGGCCAUCCUAUGCCUUGCUACAUAACUCCCUCCCAGCCUCAGCCGGUAUCACUACCAAGGGAAUGAUAUCUUACUUUAUAUACCAUGUGGUGCAAACGCCAUUUCUGUUUAUCAAAACCGAAAAGCUGAAAUGGAUGUUCCUGACUAAGACAAUUCUCGUUCCUCCAAUGGCCUUGGCAAUGGUAAUCUACCUCGCUGUUGCUGCGCGGCACGCACCAGAUUUCUGGGAUCAAAAGUCUACAGUGACGGGAUCGGCGCGCGCCUGGCUUUGGCUUUCCAGCAUGACAUCCAUAACCGGUGGCUUUUCUACCUUGGCUGUGAACAUCCCAGAUUUUGCUCGCUUUGCUAAGAAACCGGGUUCCCAAGUUUGGCAACUCCCCUUCAUUCCCAUCUUCAAGAUCUUGGUCAGCAUCUUCGGGGUCGUUGGAGCCGCGGCAUCAAAGCCGCUCUAUGGAAAGGUUAUAUGGAGUCCCUUGGAUAUUCUGGCUGAAUGGCAAGGGAGUCACGGUGGUCGUGCUGCUGCGUUCUUUUGUGCUGCGUUGUGGUGUCUCGCUCAAAUUUGCGUCAACAUAUCCGCCAACUCUGUGUCCUUUGGAAAUGGUAUUGACUCGAAUAUUAUCCUGCAAACUUAUAAUAUCACAUCCUUAUUUCCAAAAUACUUCAACAUCCGCCGAGGAGUCAUCUUUGCGAUGCUUGUGGGCGGAUUCGGUAUGGUUCCUUGGAUAAUUCUCUCAAACGCGAAGACCUUCCUCAAUUUCAUGUCCGCAUACGCCGUAUUCAUGGCCCCCAUAGCUGGAAUAAUGCUUACGGAUUACUGGCUCAUCAAACGACGCAAGAUAGACGUCCCCGCACUUUAUGACCCCGAAGGAAUCUACGGGAAAUGUAACUGGCGCUCCCUUGCAAUCAUGAUUCUAGUAAUUGUUCCAAUGCUCCCUGCCCUUGCGAACAAAGUCACACCGGAAAGUGUGCACAUCCCUAUCGAGCUUAGCCAUCUCUUUGCUAUAAACUGGCUCUACGGAUUCGUUGCCUCGUGUGUGCUGCACUACGUACUCAACGUCGUGUUUCCGGAUCGUAAGACGCUGAUCCCAGAAGUCAUUCACGGCGAUACGGAGAUAGUGGAAGGAGUAGGUUCGAUCGAUCAGAGCUCUAUGGAUGGAGCCGAAGGUCGGGCUGAAAAAGGGUUUGAGACAAAGGAGGCUCAAGUGUCGACUAUGGACCGAGAAUAG